AUGGGGCUGGAGCUGACCACCCUGAGAUCAUGACCUGGGCCGAAAUCAAGAGUCAGAUGCUUAGCUGACUGAGCCACCCAGGUGCCUGCAGUUGCCUUUUAAUGAAACAGGCAUAGAAUAUAUUCUUUAGACGUAGGAUCAUACAGGGACCCCACAGAAGAAACCCUGAAAUUGGGGCCGUGGUCCUUGCUCCUAGAAUUGCCUGUGUCACUAAUAGAGGGCAAGAGAACCAGGAUUCCCUUCAGGUCUCCAGGGCAACAGGCCAGGUGACCAAUCAAGUCCUAGGCGCUGGGGUUGUUGUUGGAGGCAAAUGUGUUGCUAUGACUACUGAAUCCUGGGUGACCAACUGGACAGAAGGGAGAGCCUGCUUCGCGUCCUGAGCCCGUGUCUCGCCAGCUUGUGGACAUGUCUGUGGAAAAGACAACAAAAGUCGAAGAGGUGUGCAGAGCUGGAAGGGGGCUGGGUUGACCAGAAGCAGUUUCUUGAGGGGCCCGUGAUGUAAGUGCUGGCUGCUCUAUGCCAGCUCCUCCCUGCAUGUUUUAUUUGAUCUGUUCUGGAAGGAGUAGCACUCUUGCCCUCACUUCCCCUAGGAAGUGACCAUUCCCUGUCAAGAAGAGAGGCCCACGGGAAGGGUGCUGGGGAUGGGGUGCUGGACGUCAAGGCAGGCAAGCAACUUGCUUUUCUUGCAGAGUUUUCAAAGGGUCCUGGGAUUUAAGAAGAUGGUUGACAGGUGGCGGAAUUCACACACUCGCUGUCUGUGGCAGACGACACUGAGCCAGAGGAGAAACCGAUAUGCUACCCUAAGGAUGCAGGACGCCAUGGGACAGGAGUUGGCACUGGCCAAUAAGCAGCUACUGAUGGUCCGCCAAGCAGCCCUGCACCAGCUGUUUGACAAGGAGCACCGGCAGUACCGGCAGGAACUAAAGCAGAUGGGCAAAGCUUUUUAUGUGGAGAGACUCUGAUGGCAUCGGAAACAAAGCUGGCUCUUAAAGGCUCAGAUGUAGACAUAUGGCUCAUUCUUCAGCCCUAGAUCUUGAUUUCUUUGAACACUGUUUAUUCAUAACCAUAAUCUUAAAACAGCUUCCUGGGGU